AUCUGUUCACAAGUGCCCACAAAGACUGCCCCAUGCCCCAGGGCACAGAGCCCAGGAAUCCAGACCUGCCCUCCAGCCACCCACCCACCAUUGUUGCAGACCAUGUCACUGGCAAGGACAAACAGAUGGAUUUCUGUUGGGAUCCUUGGCAGAGGUGCUUCCAGACCACCAACGGCUACCUAUCCGACUCCAGGGCCUGCUCCGGCAACUACGGCGUGGCAGCCCUGGCCACCUCGUCCCUUGUGGGGGUGGUGCAGAGCAUCAAGGACCACAUCACCAAGCCCACGGCCAUGGCACGGGGCCGGGUGGCCCACCUCAUCGAGUGGAAGGGCUGGAGUGCCCAGCAGUCGGGCUGGGAGCUGUCCCCAGCUGAGGACGAGCAUUACUGCUGCCUCCCGGAUGAGCUGCGAGAGGCUCGAUUUGCUGCAGGCGUUGCUGAGCAGUUUGCCAUCACCGAGGCCACUCUGAGCGCCUGGUCUUCGCUGGACGAUGAGGAGCUGCACCCCGACAGCAGCCCCCAGGACGCUGUCCAGCUCCAGGACCUGGAGAGCGUCUACCUGCAGGACAGCCUUCUGAGCGUUCCCUCGCAGGACGACAGUCUUCUGGCCUUCUCUUCCCCGGGCCUCUCCACGGACGGCUGGCCCUCGCCCCAAGAGCCCCCCGUCACAGCUGCCAGCCCACCGUCCCCCAGCUCUGAACAGCAGUGUCAACAGCAGCUCUUGGGGGGCCUGGGGCCCGAGGGCGGGGCCCACCUGCAGGGCUCCCUGCCCUCGGUGAACAGCGGCUCCCUCUCUGAGGAGGACGAGGUGUUCUACAACUGAGGCUGACCCCUCUGCUCCAGCGUCUGCUCAGACCUCCACCUUGCCUGGCGGGCAGCCCAAGAUUGCCGGGACCGUGGGGUCCGAGCUGGGCACCUCCUGACCCUCAGGGCAGCAGGGAUGAGGCCAGCACUCCUGUGGACCACUGUGUGCCUCUGCGGACCUGCCCAGCAGGGGAAGCCAUGGUCUCCCUCUGUCUUCUGAACUCGGCCACGUGGGCACCUUCCCUGCAGGCCUUCUGCCCUCAGUGAGCUCCAGGACUCUCAGCAGAUGCCAGGGCAGCUGGCCCCAGGGAGAGCGCCAUGAGAGGAACUGCACGGCCACUGGGAGCCCGGGACCCCACCUGGAGCCUGGCUCCGCUCCUCCCUACUCCCUCUGUGCAUCUGUCCCUGUCAAAGAUGGGGUGGUCUCUACUGGUAGCUCAGCGCCCACUCCUCCGCAGUCUCCGGAGUGUCUGUUCCUGGCCCUCUGAGCCUGCUUCCUUGGUGUCCCCCCCACCCCGCCCCGUCCCCCUCAACGUUCUCUGGUGACAUUAAAGUGGUGGAUUCACCCUGGA